CGCGGAGGUGGUCGAAAAUUGAAUCGGGGUACGCGACGGUCAUUUCUGGGCUUCUCAUAUACUUUGAUAAGUUGAAAAAUUUGCUACACACGCAUGGACAUCGUAUAUUGUGAGUGCGUUAGUGAAAAGAAUUUGAAUAUGUGCUGCUAAUAGAUUACUCAUAUUUAAAGAAAGAAAACAAAGUUACUGAAUGCAACCGCUUCAUAUGUUUCACAUAAACAUUAUAGAUAUGCUUUUAGCUGAUUCAGUGAAUGAAUCAAAAGGAUAUAUUUGUUUGUACUGCGUUUUCUGAUAUAAGCGGAGCAAUUAUUACACCAUGGUUGAGCAUUUAGGUUGGAGAAGUAAAAGAAAACUUAUAGAAGACAUUCACGUUCUGACGGUGAAUGACAUGCCAAACAUCGGAGCAAAACGCACUGCAUUAUCUUUCGACUGUAGAGGCGUCGCCAAAAAUAAUGAUCAAAAAACUCGUUUAGAUUUAAUUGUGAUCGAUGGAACAUGGGAAGCCGGCAAUACAGUAUCAAUUGCAUCUGAUAUGCAAGAGAUAGAUUUGCAAUAUUUGCAAGCGGACAAAAAUUGUUUCUGGAUAGAUAGUGAUAAUGUAGUAACAAUUUCUGAAACUAGUCAGGUUGAGAAAGAAGAAGAAAUCAUCGAAACAGAUGCCAAUAGCUCAACUGAUUCAGGAAGCGCAGCGCCGGCUGCUACCGCCGACAGAAGUCCUCAGCCUGGCGAUACAGACGGUGAUUUGUCGUGGCUUCUGAAUUUCAAUGUGAAUUCACUGUUCAAUACAAAUGGCUCCAUUAAUGGCCAAUGCAAUCGUCCAGCUAAUAGUGGGCGACCUGUGGAAGCUCGCAAGCCGGGUCCGCCGCCGGCCGUGGCUUCCCCGAAGACGCCGACUGGACCUCGGAAGCCGCCCUUCACCUACACGGAGCUCAUCGAGCAAGCCCUGCGCGAAAAGGGCGAGCUCACCGUCUCCGGUAUCUACUCCUGGAUAUCGGAACGUUUCUCAUACUACAAGGCGAAUGAUGACCGAUGGAAGAAUUCUGUGCGCCACAACCUGUCUAUCAACCCACACUUCCGGAAGGGCAGCAAAGCACCCCAUGGUGUUGGGCAUCUUUGGACCUUCGCCAAUAAAGAUGCACCAUCACCUUCCACCCUGAAAAAGCAACAAGCCAUGCAGCAGUAUCUACGAAGUGAAGUGUCACAGGAUGAGACAGCAGCUGCCACUGCCAGCAUUGAAGAUAAUAAGGAAAAUCGAGUUCUUCCACAGGAUAUACUACUUCCUGAGUGUGAGUGUGCCACAGAAGAAAUCACCCUGGAGCAAUCAGCUGGAGAGAUUCUCAGUGGUGUCAAGAAGGAGGUGGAGGUGCAGUAUCUAGUACAACCUCACAAGGAAGAGUUCCUGAACCCUGUUUCAAAAGAUGUCGUCGUUCAAGAAUCAGGACUCCUCGACAGAGAUUCCGAUAUAUCAUUUGUGGUUGCAGAUUUGCCACCUGGGCUUUCUUUGGAACUAAACAUGACUGAUGCUGAAAUUGUAACAACAGAUGGCAACUUAUUUGCUGAAGAAUUGGGCUUCCAAUAUUCUGAUGUGACAACUUCUCAGCUGUUGGUCUGAGUUAUCUUGUUUCUUCCAAACUGAAUGUGCUAUCAUGUAGUUGGAAAGACAAAAUAAGAUUAUCUUCCAAACUUGUAAUAGCUAAAUAAUAUAGUUAAUGUAAGGGUUAAUAUUGUUUUAUGUGAUAUACUUUAACACAGCAUAGGCAUUAUUUUAUUCGACACACGUUUGUGAGUUGCCAGCUGAAGUGGUGUAAAACUCGAUAGACUAUUUAACGAGUUGUUUGCUGCAAUUUAUCACUUCCGUCCAUAGUUAGAAUACAAAGGCCAAAGGUUCUGUGUUUACUUUCACAUGUUCUUAAUUAGAAAACUCAGUGUCAACUUUUAUAAUAUGACAUGGCAAGUGUUCCACUUUUAGUGCAAUAUGAUAUGAUUGAGCUAAUAAAUGUAUGCAUGUUUUAAUAUAACUGCUUUAUGGACAGUUUAUACUGUGUGACACAUCGUGUACUGGUGAACUUGUGCAAGAGUAUAUCUAGUCCUACUGUACUUAAGAUUGGAAAAUAGGCUGUGAUGUGUCAGUGGCUCUCUUAUGUUACAUCAACCUUGACACUUGCAAA